UGUGUCCACACCUAUCGUUGGCGUGUGUGAUGAGCUCUGGUGUGUGAAAUUGUGAAUCCCACCCAAUCAAUCAAUCCCGGCAACGAACACGUGUCCCUCCUCCCAUCUCACCUUUACACCAUCAAUCGCAGCAACUGCAGUGCUAUAAAAUGCAAUUGAAGCGCAAGUUUGAUCACUUUUGCAACUAUCACAAAGUGCUAGAAAACGCAACCACCAACCCCAACAAAAAAACCCCUCUCAUACAAAUACCCAUUUCAAUUUUUACACCAAAAACCAAAGAAAAACAUAAAUAGAUUUUAGGUAUUUUUGCCAAUUUGUGUUUGAAUUUGUGGGAAAUUAGAUUUAAGAUUAUUGUGUAUGUGAAGAUGGGAGCUGAAACAGAGGUUGUUGUUGAAGUUCAACAGAUCAUUCCUGCUACCCAGUUGGUCUCCACGCCUUCUCAUGUGGAUAUAAAGUCUUCCAAACACAUUUUUGAUACAGCACUUGAAUCUGCUGUUCUGCAAUUUGUUCCUAGCAUUCGUUCUGGUAGUUUUGCAGAUAUUGGGCCCCGAAGAUACAUGGAAGAUGAGCACAUAAGGAUAGAUGAUUUAUCCAUUCACUUGGGCUCACUCUUCAAGUUUCCCAAGCCAAGUGCCUUCUAUGGGUUAUUCGAUGGUCAUGGAGGACCUGAAGCGGCAGCUUAUGUCAGGAAAAAUGCAAUCAGGUUCUUUUUCGAAGAUGUCAACUUUCCAGAGACAUCUGAAGUUGAUGACACCUUUCUACAAGAGGUUGAGAACUCUGUCCGUAAAGCAUUUGUCCAGGCUGACCUAGCUUUGGCUGAUGACUGCAGUGUGAGCAGUUCUUCUGGGACAACAGCACUGACAGCUCUAAUAUUAGGAAGGCUUCUAAUGGUGGCCAACGCAGGAGAUUGCCGAGCAGUUCUAUGUAGGAAAGGAGAGGCAAUUGAUAUGUCUCAAGACCACCGACCAAGUUACGCAUCAGAAAGGAAGCGUGUUGAAGAAUUGGGUGGUUAUAUUGAUGAUGGUUAUCUCAAUGGUGUUCUAUCAGUAACUCGAGCCUUGGGGGACUGGGACAUGAAGUUUCCUCGAGGCUCUGCCUCACCUCUCAUUGCGGAGCCAGAAUUUCGGCAGAUGGUUCUCAAUGUGGACGAUGAGUUCCUCAUUAUUGGGUGUGAUGGGAUUUGGGAUGUGAUGUCAAGCCAGCAUGCAGUGAGUGUUGUACGUCGUGGGCUGCGGCGGCAUGAUGACCCGGAGCAAUGUGCUCGGGACCUUGCCAUGGAAGCGUUGCGUCUCAACACAUUUGACAAUCUCUCUGUGAUUGUUGUUUGUUUCUCUUCCCUUGAUCAGGGGGAGCUAUCACCACCGCGACAAAGGAGACACAGGUGUUGCAGCCUCUCACCAGAGGCCCUAUGCAGCUUGAAGAGCUUGUUGGAUGAUAGUGACAGACAUUGAAUGUAUACAUGCAUUAUUUAUGCAGCUUGAAGAGCUUGUUGGAUGAUAUUGAGAGACAUUGAAUGUAUACAUGCAUUAUUUUUUGAACCACAAAAAGCUCUUGUUUGAGGCUACUUCAGUGGAACAGUAGGAAAAGCAGCUAGCAUUUUUGGUAGGAUAAUGCGACUUUUUGGUUGAUGUACAUAAUAAUAUGUAGGUACAGGAUUAAAGAUAUAUAAAUAGUGUGUUCAAGUUAGAUUGAUUGUUUUGGCCAAUAGUCAAUGUUGAUGGCUGUGGCACUCCACACACUUGACGUGGUUCAUAUUUAUUCUGUGUAUAUUAAUUUUCCUAUCAAAUGGCAUUUGACUUUUUUUUUUUUUGAAGAA